AUGGAUUUAUUAAUCAAACCUGAAAAAGAUUUGAAAAAAGAAAUUAGGGAUUUAGAACAAGAUAAAAAGAAAACUGACGAUGAAAAUCAAUUGUUACUCUCCUUUUUAUUGAAUGAAAUUGGAA